CCCACAACUACCCACCUGUGGACAACUCAAAGCUCACCACCACCGACGUUCCCGCAAAUCACCUGACUGUAUACCUACCCAACCGCAAUCAUGACCGACACAGAGAUGGAAGUCGACCAGGUCGAGCAGCCUGAGACCAGCUCCACCGAACCAAAGGCCAGGGAUGCGCGCACCGCUGCUGGCGCAACAGCCGUCCGUUCAAUUGAGGGGUGGAUCAUCAUUGUCACAAAUGUCCAUGAGGAGGCUACAGAGGAGGACCUGCAGGACAUGUUUGGCGAGUUCGGCACCAUCAAGAACCUGCACAUGAACCUUGACCGCCGAACGGGUUACGUGAAGGGCUACAUCCUCAUCGAAUACCCUACACUUGAAGAAGCGAACGCCGCGAUCAAGGGCGCCAACGGCGAGGAGCUGCUCGAGCAGAAAGUCACUGUCGACUUUGCAUUUGUACGACCUCCACCGGCAGGCAAGGGACGCGCUCGCGACCACGACAAGCGGUCCAGCGGACGUGGCGCAGGGCGGGCGAGGAGCAGGAGUCCUGGCCGUGACGGUUCAGACAUGGAGGACUAGAUCAUUGGGGAGAUAAACGGCAAGCCAGUAGCACUGUGCAGAGUGCGCACGAGCAGUUGACCUGCAUCAGUGGGAUGCUCGAGCAAAGUACGUGCAGAAACAACGGGUGGAUGGAAAAAGGUACCAAGACGGGCGUUUGGACAGGAAUUGAGCUCCCCGGCUUGUCCUAUGCAUGGCAAGUCGGGCUUUUGCACUUGACUUGUGAGUACGGUCCAAACGAGGCAUUGAGUCCUGCUGACAGGCCACUAGUACACAUUGACUCCACUGCUAUGCACUGUGAGGCCUGACCUUUGACCAG